ACUUGGCGCCAGCGCAUCUGCGCAUCUCGCACUUUUACCCCAUUAAACGCAUCAGACAGCGGAGGAUCGAAGAGAGGAGAUUUAUACCGAUUAGUGGACGGCGUUGCAGCGCUGCAGCAGGGAUUACAGCAUGGGCAAAAGCACGGCCUUUGCGCUCCUGAUAGCGGCGACUUUGUCGCUCGCUGUCGAGGUGCCAUCAGACGACUCGGUGGGAUUGCUUGCUGAGCCUCAGGUGGCCAUGUUCUGUGGGAAACUCAACAUGCAUAUCAACGUCCAGAGUGGCAAGUGGGAGUCUGAUCCUUCUGGUACCAAGAGCUGUAUCGGAACCAAGGAAGGAAUUCUACAGUACUGCCAGGAGGUGUAUCCUGAACUGCAGAUCACUAAUGUUGUGGAGGCCAACCAGCCAGUCAGCAUCCAGAACUGGUGUAAGAAGGGCAAACGUCAGUGCCGCAGCAAUGGACACAUUGUAGUUCCCUACCGCUGCCUGGUGGGUGAGUUUGUGAGCGAUGCCCUUCUGGUUCCUGAUAAGUGCAAGUUCCUACACCAGGAGCGAAUGGAUAUGUGUGAAAGCCACCUGCAUUGGCACACUGUGGCCAAAGAGUCAUGCGGUGACCGAUCAAUGAAUUUGCAUGACUUUGGAAUGCUGUUGCCAUGCGGUAUUGACCGUUUCCGUGGUGUGGAGUUUGUGUGCUGCCCAAUGGAGGAGCAGAGAGACUCUGAGGCUGAAGAGCAGGAGGAAGCCAACUCAGACGUCUGGUGGGGAGCCGCUGAGAAUGAAUACACAGACAGCAUGACCAAACAAGCUCCUACAGCAGAACAGCAGGAACUGGAGUCUGCUAAUGUGGAUGAAGAAGAUGACAUUGGAGACGAUGUUGAAGAGGCCUGGGAGAAUGAUGAAGAUGGUGAUGGUGUGGAAGACGAUGAGGAAGAUGAUGAGGAUGAGGAUUCUAUGAAUGACCAUGACUCCACUGAGCAAGCUUCAAAUGUUGCUAUGACCACUACCACUACAACGACCACUGAGUCUAUAGAAGAAGUUGUACGAGCCGUGUGCUGGGCUCCAGCUCGAAAAGGCCCGUGUCGUGCCAAGUUGUCCCGUUGGUACUUUGUGGCCAAGACAGGACGCUGUGCUCCGUUCACCUUCGGGGGCUGCGGUGGCAACCGCAAUAACUUUGAAUCAGAGGAGUACUGCAUGGCUGUGUGCAGCAGCAGCGUGUUACCCACUAUGGCUCCAAGCCCCCCUGAUGCUGUGGGCCGCUACCUAGAGGCUCCUGGAGAUAUUAACGAACAUGCCCACUUCCAAAAGGCUAAAGAGCGUCUGGAGGCCAAACACCGUGAAAGGAUGUCCCAGGUAAUGAGGGAGUGGGAGGAGGCAGAGAGGCAGGUUAAGAGCCUUCCCCGUGCUGAUAAAAAGGCUGUCAUUCAGCAUUUCCAGGAGAAGGUUGAAGCAUUAGAGCAGGAGGCUGCCAAUGAGAGGCAGCAACUGGUAGAAACUCACAUUGCUCGAGUGGAGGCUCUGCUUAACGAUCGGCGACGUAUGGCACUAGACAGCUUCCUAACUGCACUACAGGCUGACGAGCCCCGGCCUCGACAGGUGUUUAGCUUGUUUAAAAAGUAUGUGCGUGCCGAGCAGAAGGACAGACAGCACACGCUUAAACAUUUUGAGCAUGUACGCAUGGUGGACCCCAAGAAAGCAGCCCAGAUCCGCCCUCAGGUAUUAGCUCACCUGCGUGUCAUUGAGGAGCGCCUGAAUGAAAGUGUGGCAUACCUCUACAAGGUCCCGCAAGUGUCCAGUGAAAUCCAGAGCCAAGUGGCAUUGCUUCUGGUGCGUGUGCAGGCCGAGACCACUCAGCAGCUCUCCUCUCUUCAGUCUGAUAUGAGAGUCAGUUACGGCAAUGACGCUUUGAUGCCCCCUGACAGCACCCCAUCUGUUGACUCCGUGGCCGUAGAACAGGACAACCUGGGCUUUAUCCACCCCGAGAGCUUCAACCAAGCAAACACUGAUAAUCAUGUUGAACCUGUAGAUGCCCGUCCAGCUCCUGAUAGGGGACUUCCCACACGACCCGUGUCUGGCCUAAAGCCAGAAGAGAUGCCAGAAGUGCGGAUGAACACUGAAGAGAGGCACAGCACUGGCUAUGAUGUACAUCACCAGAGAUUGGUAUUCUUUGCAGACGAUGUAAGCUCUAAUAAGGGAGCCAUAAUAGGCCUAAUGGUAGGAGGAGUUGUCAUCGCUACCAUCAUCGUAAUCACCCUCAUAAUGCUGAGGAAGAAGCAGUACUCCUCCAUCCACCAUGGAGUCAUAGAGGUUGAUGCCGCAGUGACUCCAGAAGAACGCCACCUCAGUAAGAUGCAGCAGAAUGGCUAUGAGAACCCCACCUACAAGUUCUUUGAGCAGAUGCAGAACUAAGUUUUCAUUCUCCCCCAUAUCACUUCCCCACUUUUCAUCUCUCUCCAUAAGGACAGUAUAAAAAUUUAAAUAAUAAUAAUAUAUGCUGAUCCUUCAUCUGCUCUAGUGCUGAACUCAUGGAGAUGAGCGUGGCUUCAAUCACCAGACCAUUUCAUCCAGUCACACGAGUGUUCACAUUGUUUGCACAGAAAAGCGAGGCAUGUGGUUGUUUUGUUUUGUUUUCUCCUCUUUCAGCCAUAUGUCUGUCCGGACAUCUGCACCUGUCAUUUCCAAGCAUUAAAUAUCUUUCUGCAUUUCACCUGGUCUAUCUUUCCAGUCCAUCCAUCUGUUUUCUCUGCUCUAGCUCAGUCUGUGUUCCCUUCUUUUCUGCACUUAUUGGAUGCUUUUCCCCUGUCGCUCUUCUGUGGCUUCCCUCUAUCGUCCUGUCUUUCCUGGAUAUUCGGACAACAGCUAUGCUGGGCUCACGUGUGACUCUGAAUGCGAAGAUGGCCAGAAACAAGAAUAAUGUAACUCGUCAUUUUGAGCUUUCCAUUUCCGGACCGGUCUUGCCCAAGGUCUGUGUUUUUUCCAGAAAAAUAUAUAAAACAAAAAUAAAUAAAAAUAUAUAUAUAUAUACAUAUAUAAAUAAUACAUAAGAAAAAUAUUAAAGUUUGUUUUUUAUUGUGUGUGAUGUAUUGAGACAAGGCAUAAAAUAGAUGUACCUAUUUAGUGCAUGGCAAUUAUGACUGAGAGGUUUCAGAUCCACAUGCUGGCAUCAGCCACUCUUAAUGUAGAGAUUAUAGGAGGAUUGUACAUUUUAAUGUUUUCUUGUGGUCAUGUAAUUUGAAAAAGAAUAGCAAAUUCCAAAUGUCUUUAAAGCUUUGUUGAGACAGAGAAAUGGUGUAAAUGAAGUCAGUGCUUUUCUUUUAAACUAUUUAAUAACACGCACACUGCUGCAUGGGGCUGGGCAAGCUGUAAUAAGUUAAUUGAAGUAAAAUACUAGCCCAUGAGUUCUGUCGGUUUCCUAUGCAUUUCUUAUGUUGUGUUUGGGCUUUUUUUUUUUCUGGGGUCUAUUGCUUUGGCUCUGUUUACUUUCAUUCCAUCUCAGGAGUUAAUAAGAAAACAGUGGAUUUAUUGUUUUUAUACACCUUUUUGGAGACAAAUAUAUUUGACAUUUGCAUUGCUUUCUGUGACAUUCACAAAUACUAAACGGCAUAGAUUUUUGUCGUCUUUCCUGUGUCUCAGAAGGUCAAAUGGGCAUUACUGCUUACUAGAAAGUAUUAGAACCAAAAUGAGGGCAAUCUAACUAUGUGGAAUAUGACUUAAAAAAUUCUCAGCUGCUCUGCAGGCAUCUCCUUCUAGGUUGGGAGUGGGAUUCAUUACAGUACAACAUUACAGACUUGCUCAAAUGGUUCAGACAUAGUACUCUGUAUAAUGCGCUUAAGUCAGGUGUUCUGGUUAUGCAAGGAUACUCAGAGAUGAGUGUCUGUGGUCAGUGAGGGGCAGUGAAAAAAGGAAAGACUCCACCUUUGUCAGACUCCUCCUUUCCAUGUCUUUUUUUUUUUCUCCCUGUGUAUGCAUCUGUCAAAGUCAUUGGCUUAGACUGGGGAACAUGCUUUCUACACUGUAUCCCAUUAAUAAAAAGUUUUGAAUGUA